AUGCCUGACCGACCUAAGCGACGUAAAAACAAUAAAAAUAAGCGUAAAAAUAAAAAUAGUAGACCGGAUGCUAACAAAAAUAUAAAUAGUGAUGUAAAUAAUUUGAGUUUUAACAAUAGUGAGACGUGUGACGAUGAUAACGUCAAAAAUUUCCUAGAAACAGAUGCGGUUCCUAAAGAGGUUUUAGAUGAAACAGUAUCCAGUCGCAAUGAGGUUAUAACUGACACUAAAGAAUGUCAAAAUUCAGAAGUUUCUCUUUCUACUAUACAUUCUCCAAACGAAGACUGGAAUAAUAAUAGUAAUCAACUUAACAAUGACCCUUUAUCGGAUUUAGAGCUGAAUAAACCUGAAGACGUAGAUAUUACUGACUCAGUUGCAUACAUUGUUGAAUCUCCCGACCAGCCUCUUGAUAAUUCUAAAACUAAAUUAAAAAAUGUAAAAAGUAAAAGCCUUGACAACGACGAUACCACAAAUAUAGUCGAAAUAACUGAAAACACUUUCCAAACAGAAUGUGAUGAUAAUUUGGCAUCAAUGGGUACCCAGAAUUUGGUAGUAUCUCAUUUUGAAUCUGACCCAGAGUGGGAAAAAACAGAUGAAUUAAAUGAUAUUUAUAUACCCCAAUCACAAGAGGUAGCAACGGGCACAUUAUCGGUCACCACAAUACCACUUACUCAAUGUAAUGUAGCUCGAUGUGAACAAAACCAAUCAUUAACGACUGAUGAAGAAAAAUCACUGAGGAGUUACUUAAAAACUCUUAAUUUAGUUACAGAACCAGAAAAUAUAAACGCAAUUGAAAUUAAAACAGAAAUAGAACAAAUAAUAAACCAAGAAAUUAAACAAAGACUGCGCAAAAAGGGACUGGCAGACGACUUUUUCUUACAUCGUCUUGGUCCACCAAGGGUCUUAGAUGUUAUCGACGAAGAAGGAAGCAGUGAAUCGUCUUUGACAUCAAGACGUCAGUCUUAUCUAAGUGAAAGAAAAAGUGACGUCGAAGACUUAGAAGAUGAUGUGUUUGAAAACAAUAAAAAUAAAGUAAUUCAACGAAAGUUAGUAUCAUCUAAUACUUCUGUUCAUAAAAAAAGUAUUGGACAAUUGGUACCUCAAGAAUGUGUCCUCGUAGGCGCUAAGCUUAAGGAACCAGAAGUAACAGAAGCCAGAGGAGAAUGGACUAUGAAGACCGUAGAAAAAAUGACUGGGGCUGAAGUAGUCUAUUUAACUGACACAUCAAGUAGUAGUAGUUCUCUUCAUGAAAUCGGUGAUGAGGAUGAUGAUGGUGUAGAAACUGACGUUUCAGUACGUAUGAUGACGCCAACUAUAGAAGUAACAGAUCCAGAGAAUUUCUUAAAAAAAACUUUUGUUGUUGCUGCACAGAGUGGAAAGGAAAAUGAACUAUUAAGGACCUCACAAAAUAAUACAUAUAGCAAUGCAGAUAAAGAAAAAUACCCGAACUCGAAAAAGAAUGAAGUUGAACAUGUAAUAAAAAUAGAAUACGCAGAUGAUAAAAAAGCAGCAGAAAUUGAUAAAACCGUAACUAAAAUUGAAUCGGAAUGUAAUCUACAACAACUCGAUGACAUAAGUACACCUAUUAAUAAAAACCUACCUGACAAUGAAAGUGUAGGUACCGAAAGAAAUAUAAAUAUUGAGAUAGAAAAGAACCCUAUUGAAGUACAACAGAAAGUAGAAAGUAGCAAUGUGGAAAAUUUGCAUGAAAUAAUAGUCUCCUCAACUGAUGAUAUCAAAACAAAUUUAUAUGUUAAAGAAAUUGAUCCAAUAAAACGUAAUCAGAAAGAUGUUGAAACUCUUAAAGCUGACAAGAACACUACAAAUCAAAGUUAUCAAAGUAAAUAUGAUUUAGAAACGAAAAUUAUAAAAUGCGAGUUCAAUGAUGCCAUAAACAACUUGAUAAAAGAAGUUACAUCCGAUUCAGAAGGACUUGAAGAAACCCCAAAAGAUUUAUUGACACGAAAAGAUUCAUCUAGUAGUGUGGAUUCCUCCCAAUGCACUGCUAAAUAUAAUCCCAAUUAUGAAUCCUUGAAUGAUAUAUCUAACAUUCUGCAUGACGAAAAUAGCAGUAAAUUAGGUGCAGAACAAACAUCUUCGACUACAAGUCAUGUGAAAGAUGUUUUUGACUGUGUUACAGGAGCUGCUACACAACAUAAAGGCAAAACUAAUGAUCGAAACACUGAACAGCCUUUGAGAUUGACAGAUAUUUGCGUCAGAAAAAUUGCAUCAUUACCUUAUGGUGAUAAAAUCCUAGAAGAAUUAGCAUCUGUAUCACAAAGACUUCAAAAUUUCACUGCAAAAGGAAGCAACUCUGAAACCAUCAAAAAUCAAGAUCAAGUAAAUAGCAUGCCUUAUUAUCGCUUACCCGAUAUUUCAGCUAUUGAAAAAGUAUCUUUACCAACUAAAGUAAAGGAUCUUGUACCUCCACCAAUCCAACCCCGUCAUUCUUCUUUAAAAAAAUCACAAGAUGACGAGCAUUGGACUGGUGUACAAACAAAAUCUGAGUCAGUAUACGUUUGUUUAUCGCCAUCACAAAAAAUGUUAAUGGAUAAAACAAACACUAUAAUUACAAAAGAAGAUGCUAGUCAUCUUGUCGACAUCCACAGUAAAUUCGUCGAUAGAAGAGGCUACAACGAGUCUUAUAAAAACGAAAAACAAAGAGAAGAAGAAGAGAUUGAUAGUUCGCCAAUUGUGCCUUUUAAAUCCCAAACUGGCAGUCGUUUACUGGCAUUGAUUCGAGAUCCCUCUCUUACUCGCAACAUAAAUUCUUUAAAUGACCGCUUAAACAACAGUCUUGAUGAGUUGCAGAUAAAACGAUCAACUCGUAAAACGUUUGAAAAAAAUAAUGAAGAUGAAAUGAAUAUUACUGAAAACUUCUCUUUCAAGCCUAUCCCUCCACCGCGACCUAAAAAGUAUUCAAAUUCAUUUUACGAAAGUGACGAAAGUUCAGAUUUUACCGAAAAUACUAUGAGGGCUUUGAAAAGAGAGAGAAAGAUUUUCCAUUACUCUACAGGAAAUCUAAAUAAAGAAAUAGAAGAUGAUGUUUCUGCAAUACAAAACAUGCAUCGAAAUUACAUGGAAAAGAAAGAUGUGUUAAAUGACCAUAAAUAUCCCAGACGACCAUCAUUGCCUAAAGACUUGUGUGAGCAACAAAUGGAAUAUAUUCGCAGGAAGGAAAAAGAAGUAGAAGCUGAAAUUCAGAGACUAGAAGCGUUAAAAAAUACUUCAGCUUCGGGCCAAAGAAAUGGACCGAGGGCGCCUAUAUUGUUAGAAAAUGAUAUUACUACUGAAAAGAGAAUAUUUUCUAAUUAUUCUGUAUUGCCCAAGAAGGAUAUUCCCACGAGUUCACAAAACCAUGAGAUUAAAAAAGGAAAGAUGUCGUCAUUGUUCAGCAGCAGUCAAGAAGAAUUAGUAAGGGAGAAAAUGUAUUCUGAAUAUAUAACUCAAAUGGCAGAACGUGAGGAAAGAAAACAACACAAAGUGAUAAAAAUUACCAAGUCUCCCGGUGUAGUAAAUAGUAAAAUAUCAAAGAGUAUGUCAGCCAUUGACGCCUUUGAGUCAAAGGUGAACAAUCGAAUCGAAAAGGAGUUUAUAUCAAAGGCAAGAGAGAGGUGGGAUAAGUUAGGUAUAAAAGACCCUGAAACUGAGGAUGAACGGGAAAGUGCUCAAGAUAUUUACAAAGAACCCAAAGUGAUUGAACAUAAAAUAAAAGUGAUCGAAGGUGGUAAGGAAAAAGACGUUAAAAAGUUACCAACUCAUCUGCAGGAGUUUGUUGGUUUUACAGCGAAAGAUAAAGAACAUUGCGCGGGCGGCUCCGGUGAGUCCAAAGCUGGACCAGUAACUCCGCAUCUUGUGAUUUUGUGUGCAGUGAUUGUGAUUGUGAUCGCCGUUGGCAAAUAUUUUUUUAGAUUGCUGCGUUAUAAUUAA